AAUUCUAAUAAUAAUCUCUCUCUCUGAGGUUUCGGAGCUUACGAUACAACACACGAGCGAUGGUACGUCUGGCGAAGCUCUCGGGAGUUCUCCUGUUGGCGAGUCUGGCUGUGGUGUACCCCCAGCUGAAACAAGACUUUGCCGAAUGGACUGCCCUGAUUCGGUGCGGCCUAUCUGUGGCUCUGACAACGUGGUCUAUAGGAACUCCUGCACCUUCAAGAGAGCUUUAUGUGCCAACCCCCGCCUUGAGAAGAAGAAUGAUGGCCCCUGUACUUCAAAUACACCAGAAUCAUUCCCAUCCGAAAUUGCCUUGUCCACUACGGUCUGUAAGGAUGAGUGCACCAAAAUCUACGAGCCUUUCUGCGGUAGUGACGGCCGCACCUACAACAACAAGUGUAUUCUGGAAGCUGCAAGCUGUAGAAACCGCAACUCAGGCGGGCGGGGGAUAACUGCAGUGAGGAGAGGAGUGUGUGAGGGAGAUCAGAACUGUCACAAGGACUGCGGCAGCACAUACCGCCCUGUGUGUGGUACCAACGGCGUCACAUAUGAUAACAGAUGUGAACAAGAAAUCGCUGCCUGUAGAAACAAAGAGAUCGCUGUGAGAUAUGAAGGAGUUUGUGUUGCCUCCUCCUCCUCCUCCUCCUCUUCUAUUCCGAUUGGAAAGCCUGUCGUUCUCUCCCUGCCUUCUGUCCAAUCCUCCCAGGGGGCUUCAGCUGCCGUCGUGACAGGGAAAGACUGCCCCGACAGUUGCCUACCCGGGUUCCAGCCUGUGUGUGGUAAUGACGGCCUUGUGUACGGGUCAGACUGCAAGCUGAACCUGGUCAAGUGUCGCACGAAUAAUCUAUCCUUGACGAAGAAGAAUGAUGGAGUGUGCGCUAAGGACUGUAACAUCGACUGCUAUAGAGAUAAUGAACCAGUGUGUGGAAACGAUGGCAAGAUAUAUGAGAAUGAUUGUUUCCUGGCCGUGGCACGAUGCAAGGAUAACGCUAUCAGAAAAGUCGACAUCUCUGAGUGUUCACAACAGAGGCGUAGAGCUUGUGAAGUGACGUGUACAGAUGUUUCUCAACCUGUGUGUGGCAGUAAUGGCGUGACGUAUCAGAAUCCCUGUAAAUUGGAAGCUGCUACCUGUUUCAAUAAGGGUCUUCUCAAACUCAAUGAUGGAGCUUGUCAGCAUUAGAGUCAGCACUGGGCACGCUGUCAGCACGUCACUCACAGCUGAGGAUGUCAGCACAGGAACCGAUGUCAGCACGGCUAAUAUCAGCACCUUGAACGAUAAUCAGCACAUUGGAGUCAGCACAAACAAGUGGUAUCAGCACUUUAAACGAUGUCAGCACAGCUAUCAUCAGCAUAACCAGCGUAGUCAGCCCAAGCUACUAGUGUCAGCACCAAAGGCUCUCAAAAUCAGCACCAGCUAAUGAUGUCAGCACCCAAAAGCUAUAAUAAUGUCAGCACCAGCAGCUAUUAAUGUCAGCACCAGCUAUUGAACGUCAGCAAAGCCAUUGGAAUCAGCACAGCUAGCACCCCCCUUUACCCAUAGCACCAACCCUUUACCCCCUUAGUACAGUUUAAUGUAGUAAUUCACCCCUUAGCUUCGCCUCUUAGCUUCACCCCUUAACCACACCCCUUAGCCUCACCUCUUAACUUCACCCCUUAGCUUCACCCCUUAGCUUCACCCCUUAGCCUCACCCCUUAGCCUCACCCCUUAACUUCACCCCUUAGCCUCACCCAUUAGUCUUACCCCUUAGCCUUACCCCUUAGCUUCACCCAUUAAACUCCCCCUUAGCCUCAUCCCUUAGCGAGUAGAAGCUUUGAUAGCAUCCCAUUUAUUCCCAUCCAUUAACUAACACUACCCCUUAGGUUCCCUCGCCCUUCCCCCUUUCCAUUAGGUAAUAGUGCCCCUUAGAAUGCUUCCCCCUUCCCACCCUUUAACCCUUAAUUACAAACGUGUGAAAAACUCCUUAUUUUGCCCUUUAAUCCACCCCUAUUUCCUUAUUUUACCCCUUAAUUCUCCCUUAUUUCACC